AUGACGGAUGGUCAAAACGACGCCGCUUCUUCUCCCUCACUCACGGAGGAAACAACCUCAAUCAAACCCCUAACAUCACCGUUUCCUCACGCCUCGCAUCUUCCAUUCGAUCUGGUGCCAGAAAUACUGUGCAGACUCCCCGUCAAACACCUCCUUCGACUCCGCUGCGUAUGUCAAUCAUGGGAUUCUCUUAUCUCCGGAGAUUCCAAAUUCGCCAAGAAGCACCUCCGCUUGUCAACCUCCAGCCACGACCGCCACCACCUCAUCUGGGCACGUCAGAUCCUUCUAUCUCAUUCCCCAAUCUCCUCUUUUUUCGGAUCCCAUUUCACUAUUACCCUAACGCACCUUAGCCAUAGGCACUCUCUAAUAGCGGUUGUUAACAAUGGAAACGAUGCUCGGAGAGUUACCACUUGUGACGGCAUCCUCUGUUUUGCUAUAGAUGAAUCUUUAGCUCUUUUAUCUAAUCCUUCCAUUAGAAAAUACAAAUUAUUACCUCCUUUGAAGAUGAUUAAUCCUGACCAAAGAUAUUUUGAAAAUUUAUACACCCUAGUGUAUGAUCGUUUCACUAGUAACUAUAAGAUUAUUUCUGUUGCUUGCUGUAAUGGCAAAAAAGAAGUUAAUGUUCAUACUCUGGGGACUGAUUAUUGGAGAACCAUUCCGGAUUUCCCGUGUCCUUACAUCAUUCCUAAACCCGGGGUAUUUGUGAGUGAUACUGUUAAUUGGUUGGCAUGUGAUGCUUUUAGUUUUGCGGCACGGGUUAUUGUUUCUCUUGAUUUGGAGAAUGAACGGUAUCAAAAGCUCUCACCACCUUUUUAUGGUAUGACAUUUGAAGUUUCCGCUACCUUGGGGGUGUUGAGGGGUUGUUUGUCCGUCCUUUCUUAUAGUAACAAGUUUUCUAAUAUUUGGAUUAUGAAGGAAUAUGGAAAUGAAAAGUCAUGGACCAAAUUGUUUAGUGUUCCUCGUUUGGAAGAAUGGGGUGUUUAUGUCUAUACCAAGGCAUUAUAUAUUUUGGAGGAUGAGCAAGUGUUGAUGGAGUGUUUGAAGAUGGGGAAAUCUAGUCUGGUUGUUUAUGAUUCCAUAAAUAAUACUUUUAAGAUUCCUAAAUUUCAAAACAACAUCCAAGGUAGUGAGAUGACUGCAGAAGUUUAUGUUGAGAGUUUGAUAUCACCUUUGUAG